AUCCCUCCGUAAAAUUGAGAAUUAAAGAUUGCAAUGGAUUCACAAGUAUACCGAGUGGGCUCCAUUCUUGUACUGGGCUCCAUUCUUGUACUAGUCUUCGCACACUAUAUAUCUCAGAUUGUCGAAAUUUGAGGACUUUGUCGGGUCAUGGGCUACAAACCCCCGUCUCUCUUGAGAAGAUGGAAAUACGGAAUUGCCCUAAUCUAGAGGCUUUUCCCAGUUUAGACAACCUCACGUCCCUCACUGAGUUGAUUAUUAUGGAUUGUGAUGGAUUAAUAAGUCUACCGAGUGGGCUUGCAUACUGCACAUCUCUUACUAUUUUGACUAUUUUUCAAUGUGAUGGAUUAAUAAGUCUACCGAGUGGGCUUGCAUACUGCACAUCUCUUACCUCUUUGCGUGUCCAUCAUUGCCCUAAUCUAGAGGCUAUUCCCAGUUUAGACAACCUCACGUCCCUCACUAAUUUGGAUAUUUUGGGAUGUGAUGGAUUAAUAAGUCUACCGAGUGGGCUUGCAUACUGCACAUCUCUAACCCGUUUGCGUGUCAGCUUCUGCUCCAAUUUGAUAUCUCUGGCGGACCACAAUGUGUCCAGCUUGCAAUCUCUUUCCUCUCUAUCUGUAUUUAUUUGUGGGAAAUUACAAUAUUUGCCCAAGGGGCUGCACUCUCUAUCUCGUUUGGAAGAGUUGUGUAUCGGUGCCUUCUGCCAAGAGCUCGAUUCUUUCCCUGAUUUUCAGGUCCCAUCGAAAGUGAAAAAAUUAGGAUUGUACGGGUGGCCUAAGCUCAAGUCUCUGCCUCAGCAUAUUCAACACUCUGCUUCCCUAACUGAGUUGACAAUUUGGAGAUUCGAUGGUCUGGAGGCUCUUCCAGAGUGGUUGGGCAACCUCACAUCUCUUACUAAGUUGUCAAUUUGGGAUUGUAAGAAUCUUAUGUAUCUGCCUACGGUCGAAGCUAUGCAACGCCUAACCAAAUUACAUGAUCUAGAGAUUUAUUCGUGUCCCCGACUGAAAGAAAGAUGCGCCAAGGACAGCGGCCCAGAAUGGCCAAAGAUUUCUCACAUUCCAUAUCUGAGUAUUUAUGAUUGAAAAGGCUCUUACCAGAGUGAUGACGGAACCUUUCAUGAAUCGACCAUCUAUCUAUUCACCGUUGUGGGAAUCUCAAGUAUCUAUCGGCGGUAGGGAAGCCAUUCCAAAUCUUACUGUUGCGUUCUAAAUUAAAACAAGCAACAGUCAAGUAUACACUUUUGUACAAGGUUGUGUU